AUGACCACAUCAACCAUCUCUGAGGCCGUUGCGCCUGGUGCAACAGUUCCACUUAUCAUUGGAAACAAAGACGUCACAACCUCCAAAACCUUUGAUGUCAAUAAUCCCGGGAAAGGCUCUGUUGAGCACCAGUGCAGUGCAGCUGUUGUUGAAGAUGCCACACUUGCCAUCCAAUCGGCUGAAGCCGCCUUUCCAGCGUGGUCUUCAACCAAGCCUGCCACCCGCAGGGACAUUCUAUUGAAGACGGCCGAUAUUUUCCUCGCCAGGAAGGAUGAGUUCGUGGGUUACAUGUGUGAAGAAACCGGCUCUCAAGCCGAAUUCGCAGGAUUUAUUUUGAUGCUUGGUGUAAAUCUUUUGAAAGACGUUGCAGGCAAGGUAUCAGGGAUCGAAGCUACUUCUCCUACCUUGGUCCAAGAAGGGACGGGCGCUCUCGUCUACAAGCAGCCGUAUGGUGUUGUAUUAGGUAUUGCUCCUUGGAACGCCCCCUAUAUCCUGGGUACUCGCGCUGUAGCGCUUCCCCUUGCAGCUGGAAACACCACGAUUCUCAAAGGCUCCGAAUUAUCUCCGAAAUGCUUCUGGGCGAUUGGUGAUGCAUUUAGACAGGCAGGCCUCCCCGACGGUUGCUUGAAUGUUAUUUAUUCUCAGCCUUCAGAUGCCCCGGAGGUGACCACAGCCUUGAUCGCCCACCCUGCCGUCAGAAAAUUGAGUUUCACUGGAAGCACGAUGAUUGGGCGCAAAGUUGCAUUAAUCGCGGCACAACACAUAAAGCCUGUGAUCCUAGAGCUUGGUGGAAAGGCACCCACAGUCAUCCUUGGUGAUGCCGAUAUCGAGAAGGCGGCUUUGGGCGCAACGCUGGGUUCAUUUAUUCACACUGGCCAAGUCUGCAUGUGUACCGAGAGAAUUAUUGUGCACAGGAAUAUCGCUGAAAAGUUCCGCGACGCUUUGAAAGCAACAAUCAAUAAUGUUCUCGGAGGUCCGAGCACCCAGCUUGUGGCUAUUAACCCAGCUGCCAUUUCCAAGAACAAAGAGUUGGUACAGGAUGCGAUAUCCAAGGGUGGUAAGGUUUUGAUCGGAGACCUCGAUAUGCAAGCAACUUCCGAUACCCGGAUGGGAGCAGUUGUUGUUGAGAAUGUCACUGAAGAUAUGGACAUUUACAAGACCGAGUCGUUUGGUCCGACCGCAUCACUCUUCGUUGUUGACAGUGACGAGGAAGCAAUUAAGCUCGCCAAUGAUACAGAAUAUGGCCUCAGUGCUUCUGUGUACACCGAAAGCCUAGCUAGGGGCUUGAACGUUGCCAAGAAAAUAGACUCUGGGGCGGUUCACAUCAACUCUAUGACUGUUCACGACGAAGCUGCUCUUCCUCAUGGUGGCGUGAAGAGUAGUGGAUAUGGACGUUUUGGAACCAAUAUGUUGGACGAGUUCUUAUGGACGAAGUCUGUAACUUGGGUUGAGUAA